AUGAACAUGCCAGUAGUCGCAAAUUCCACCACCACUAUAUGUGAUAACUCGACGGUACAAGCUCUACUUACUAAUGAGCACACUCCUCAAUGCGCAACCGACGCGGUCUAUAACUUUUCAGUGCCGAGCCUCCCAACGCCAGAACAAAUUGACCGCAUGUGUCAAUCCAGUGCCUGUCUUGAUCUUCUCGCUAAUCUAACGGCUUUACAAACGACGGAAUGUAUUCUUCCAGGAGGUAACAAUUUUUUUUUCCGGGCCAAUCUGACUGAUUACAUACCACCACGUUGUGGUGGUAACAAUGCAGCGACGACGGAUGAUACCGGUGCUAGUAUGGAACCAUCCACUGCUACGAAUAAUAUGUUACCGUCGUCACCACCCACUCAACCACAGGCAACAUCGGACUCUAGUACUACGUUACAUGUGAAACAGACAUUGACAAUCAUGAUCAUUGGUGCACUUGCUAUUGUUACCUCUUCUUGGUAG